AACCAUUAUUAUGUGAUAUGUGUAAUGCAACAUUUAAUAGAAAAAGCAGUUUAAUUCAACAUAAAAUGUCACACACUGGUGAAAAACCAUUUUCAUGUGAUGUAUGUAAAAAAACAUUUAAUAGAAAUUGGAGUUUGCUUGAACAUAAACGGAUACAUUCUGGAGAAAAACCAUAUUUAUGUGAUAUUUGUAGUAAAGGUUUUACAAGCCGAACUCAUUUAAAUACACAUAAACGGACUCAUACUGGUGAAAAACCAUAUUUAUGUGAUAUUUGUAGCAGGUCAUUUAAUCAUGGAAGUACUUUAGUUAAACAUAAACGAUUACACACGGGAGAAAGACCAUUUUUAUGUGAUAUGUGUCAUAAAACAUUUACAUGUCAAAGUCAUUUAAAUAAACAUAAACGUUCGACACAUAAUGGAGAAAAAACAUUUUCUAAAUCUUUUGAACACGAGAAAAUGGAACAUUCAUUGGCAGUUAUUAGCGAAAAUAAUCAAUUUGAAAAACGAUUAAAUACAGAAUUCUCUAUUAAAAACGAAGAAGACUAUUUAAACCCUGAAAAAUCACUUCACACCAAAGAAAAACUAUUUCCACGAAAUAAAUCUGAUGAACGGGAGAAAAAUGAGCAUUCAUUGGCAGUUAUUAGCGAAAAUAAUAAAUUUGAAAAACGAUUAAAUACAGAAUUCUCUAUUAAAAACGAAGAAGACUAUUUAAACCCUGAAAAAUCACUUCACACCAGAGAAAAACUAUUUUCACGAAAUGAGUCUGAUGAACGGGAGAAAAAUGAACAUCCAUUGUCAGUUUUUCACGAUAAACUUGAUAAAGAAUUAAAUACAGAAUUUACUAUUAAAAAAGAAGACAGAGUUACUACACAAGAUGCACAGAUUAAAAAUUCAAUAUUGGAAGAAAGUAACACUGAUAGCAUGGUAGAAAUGCCAGAUAACAAAAGUGAUAUUAGUUGGGAACCUGAACGAAAUCAUGAAAAUGGAAAAACAAUAAAUACCGAAAUAUUGUCGAUUAAAGAAGAAAUGUUAGAACCAAAUAUUUUUGAACCACAAAUUCAAAUUGAAGAUCAACCACUUUUAUUUCCUAAAUUUAAAAGAAAAGGUUUAAUUAAACCUAAACAGAUUUGCAAGGGAGCAAAAUCAUUUUUAUGUGAUAUUUGUAGUAAAGUUUUAACGAGCCAAAAUCAUUUAAAUGAGCAUAAACGUCUUCAUACUGGUGAAAAACCAUAUUUAUGUGAUAUUUGUAGCAAGUCAUUUACCCAUGCGAGUACUUUAGUUAAACAUAAACAAUCACACACAGGAGAAAGACCAUUUUUAUGUGAUAUAUGUAAUAAAACAUUUAUAUGUCAAAGUCAUUUAAAUGAACAUAAACGAACUCAUACUGGUGAAAAACCAUAUUUAUGUGAUAUUUGUUGCCAAUCAUUUGCUCAUGGGAGUAGUUUAUUUAAACAUAAACUGACUCACAGUGGAGAAAAACCAUUUUUAUGUGAUAUUUGUAGUAAAAAAUUUAGUAGGAAACAUGAUUUAGCCCAACACAAACGGACUCAUACCGGAGAAAAAUUACAUGAUAAAAAAUUUUUAUGUGAUAUUUGUAAUAGAACAUUUAAUAAGAAAAGUAAUUUAAAUAAACACAAAUUGAUUCACAGUGGAGAAAAGCCAUUUUCAUGCGACAUUUGUAGUAAAUCAUUUUCAGAUAAAAGUAAUUUAAGUAAACAUAAACGGGGUCACAUUAAGACUGAAGUAACACGAGCUCAGUCGAUUUUAACACACGUUUUUUCAACUGCACGUUUGUUAGAAUGAUAGUGAUUUAAUAGAGUGAUUCAAAAGGAAGGUUUACAUGUAUAAUACAUGCAUAAUAUAGUAAAGAAUCACUGAUAAUUAAAUUUAGAGGUUUCUAAUGUGACGUCGUAAAUAAACACAUUUUUGUAUAUAAUGAUAUUCUGUUCUGUAAUAUAUUUUUAUUAUCAGCAUUGAACCCAUGCGAAGCCGGGCCGGGUCGCUAGUUUAAUUAUGUUUAGAAUAAUACUUAACCCUCCUCCUCAUUUUAUAUUUAAAUCAGUAGAGUU